UCAUGAUUAAGCGUGAAAUGUGGUGUUGUAUCUUGAAUGGGGCGAUAUAUGUAAACUAUGUAUGAAUUUAAACUUUGCAGGGUAUCUUUCUGGAGAUUGGGAAAAUUGAGGAUUGAAAUUAAGGAUUGGAAAGUAGAUAGGGGCUAGGUCGUGUGGUGUCUGUUGUUGGCUAACUGCAGUGUGUUUUAUGUUUCUGUUUGGGUUAUCAUGUAUUUAACAGUAUAUUAAAAGUAGAAUGUAGUAGAUGGCAACCAAAGCUUGGGCAUGUUCAAACACCCUAUUGGUUGAGGUAGCAGUUUGCUUUUGGCGUAUAGGUGCAGGAUUGGGGGUGAGUAGAAUUAGGAAAUCCCGGUCUUCGAAUAGUCUUCCCAUAUAGUUCUCACGAAUAAGUGAAUAUAAUGUACCAACAUUUUUCAUCAGCAACUUGGUUAAUAAUGGUAACAAAAGAGUAGGGCUAUAUACGGCAUUAAUAGGAAUGACCAUUCACCAUUCUAAUCCUGAACCCUAAACUAACGAAGACUUUUGUAACAUCGGCUUGGAUACUUUAUUGCGAGUUUGUAACAAGGUUUGCACCUUUACAAUUGUUUUAGUGCAUCACGUGAAGUAGAAACCUGUAGCUGAAAAAGCACCGUAAUACGGCUGCUCAACGCUAGAGGCUUUUGCUUUGUUAUUUCCCCCGUGGAAUUUGUUUCGUCGUCGGUAUUCAAUAGUGACUGGCGCAUGGUUUCUACCGUAGCCGGUUAUGGCGGAGAUGUGUAGCUAGUUGUGCAUGAGACCGGGGGCGAAAGCUUUUGCUUUACCGAAUACAUUAAUAAAGACAGAGACGAUGGCAGGGGUGUUUGACAUUGAUUUAGAUCAAGUGGACGAGAUUGUGUCCGACGAAGAAUUGGAAGAUGGGGCUCAGAUUAGUGAGUACAUGGACCAGUGCAGCGGGUUUGAGUUUAACAUGGAUGACUGUGAGAAGUUUGAAAUCUCAGAAGACAGCGUCAACAAAGGGACUGAUCAGAUCCGCCCAGAGUGCUUUGAGUUACUGCGAGUUUUAGGAAAAGGAGGCUAUGGAAAGGUUUUUCAAGUGCGCAAGGUGUCAGGUGCCACGUGUGGAAAGAUCUUUGCCAUGAAGGUCUUGAAGAAGGCCAUGAUAGUGCGUAACGCCAAGGACACGGCCCACACCAAGGCAGAGAGGAACAUUCUGGAGGAAGUGAAGCACCCAUUCAUCGUGGACCUCAUCUAUGCAUUCCAGACCGGGGGGAAGCUCUACCUCAUCCUGGAGUACCUCAGCGGCGGGGAGCUGUUCAUGCAGUUGGAGAGAGAAGGGAUCUUCAUGGAGGACACAGCAUGCUUCUACCUGGCAGAGAUCUCCAUGGCGCUGGGGCACCUGCAUCAGAAAGGCAUAAUCUACAGAGACCUGAAGCCUGAGAACAUCAUGCUCAACAACAAUGGUCAUGUAAAGCUGACUGACUUUGGCUUGUGCAAAGAGUCCAUCCAUGAUGGCACGGUUACCCACACUUUCUGUGGCACCAUAGAGUACAUGGCCCCUGAGAUCCUGAUGAGGAGCGGACACAACAGGGCCGUCGACUGGUGGAGCCUGGGGGCCCUCAUGUAUGACAUGCUGACUGGAGCACCGCCGUUCACUGGUGAAAACAGGAAGAAGACCAUCGAUAAAAUCCUGAAAUGCAAGCUCAACCUCCCGCCAUACCUCACACAAGAAGCCAGGGACCUUCUAAAGAAGCUGCUGAAGCGCAACGCCUCCCUGCGGCUGGGGGCCGGACCGGGAGAUGCCUCCGAAGUGCAGGCCCACCCUUUCUUCAGGCAUAUUAACUGGGAUGAUCUCCUCGCGCGGAAAGUGGAGCCUCCGUUCAAGCCUUUCCUGCAAUCAGCUGAUGAUGUCAGCCAGUUUGACUCCAAGUUCACCAGCCAGACCCCUGUGGACAGCCCCGAUGACUCGACGCUCAGCGAGAGUGCCAAUCAAGUCUUCCUGGGUUUUACGUAUGUAGCCCCGUCCGUGCUCGAAAACGUGAAGGAGAAGUUCUCCUGUGAGCCCAAGGUCCGGUCACCUCGGAAGUUUCUGGGAAGCCCAAGAACACCAGUGAGUCCUGUGAAGUUUGCCGGGGGGGUCUGCUGGCCGCGCGGGCCCACGAUGGCAGGUGCUCAGUGCCUGCUGUCUCCUGGCGGCUGUGGGGAGCGGGAGCAGCCCAUGGAGGUGUCUGCCAUGGAGCACAUGGACGUGAGCUCCAGCAACUGUGAGGUCUCGGCCCCCCUGCCUAUCAGACAGCCCUCUGGCACCAGCACCGGACUCUACAAGAAACACACCUACCCCCUGAUGUCCAAGCGGCCCGAACACCUCCGGAUGAACCUAUGACGCUCGGCUCCGCCUGGAAACCUAGGACUCUUUUUAUUUUAAAUUCCUCUUUUAAUGCCUUGUUGUUUUCUUAAAAAAAAAAAAAAAAAAAAAAGACUCGUAGAAAUUUAACAAAAUGACUGACAAGACUGUCUGCUCCAAGCACCCAGACCUCUCCUCCCCUGUGUGUGUGUCUGUCUGGCUGACUGGUUCUGAGAGCUGGAGACUGCUGCUUUAGCUGGCCGCUACCUUGCCGCUCCUCUGGUCUGACUGACUCCCAACACACCCCCCCCCCCUUCUCCCAGAACAGACCAGGCUUCUCUCUCACCAACAUGUGGAUCUAACUCUGGUCAGACCCAUUCUUCACUAAAGCUUACAACCCAGGUCAUUAUCAGGGGUUGUUAUCGCUUUUUAAUUUAUGUACUAAAAGACCUGUUAAGCACCCAAAUCGGGGCUGUUGUGCUUUACUAGAAGCGUGAAUGAAGAGCUCUCCUUGCAAAUUCUCUGGUUUUCACGUUUGUGUAAUAAACAGUCGGUGAAAUCUGAGGUGGUAUUUAAAUGUAGCCCACUUGAGUGAACGCGGCCACGAAGAUAACGAUUGGGCAUUGUGCUGCGCCCGUCUGCGUGUAGUAAACAAACCGCGCAGUGUCCCAUUUAAAAAAAAAAGUAUUUAUAGAGCAGUGUCUGACACGGGUUUAAUCCACCCCUGGACACGUGUGCAAACACAGGUGGACCCCUCCCUACCAGCGGCUCAGCGCUGGCUUUACGAGGUCCGUGCGAAGGGCCUUCGGUCCGGGGCCCUAACUAUAGCAUCGUAGAGUCUGGAGGAGGACGGCAGAGCAUCUGCUUAGGUUCCUGUGUGCUUGUCUGGCUGAUGCCACAACAUGGUGCUUUGUACUGUGGGUGGAGGGGACUGUGUGACUCCCCUAACACCGCUGCUUCCCCCCAGUAUUAUUCCCGCUAGAAGGUUCUAGAACGCUGGGGACUUCCCUUUUUUUUCUUCUUUUCAUCUUUAAGAUGUUUUAGAACUUGAGGGCCCAGGUUCCCCUCUCGAAUGCAACCUGCUUCCCAUUUGACUUACUUCCUGACUUCAAACGGGGUUGUAUGCCAGAGAAUCAGUGAAUGAGUGAUGCAAGUUGCAACGCAGUUAUGAACACACAGGACGGUAUUCACUUUAGACGUCUGCCAGAACUGCAUUUUGUCCCUUUGCAAAAAAUAUGGAAUCCACAUUGCCUUCUUUCUGCUUUUUCACUUGAAAUGUUUUUUUAUUUUUAUUAUUAUUAUUCAGGAUAAGAUAUACCUGGUACCUGUAAUAGAAGAGAAGCAGCUAUAGAAAUAGUAUAGUUCUGCUGAAAGCAUCACUUCACACCACUCUCAAAACCAAAUGCUGACAUUGCUUUACCAGUCAAACUGGAUAGCUCCAGUCUAGGUAGAAAACCUUGCCUGUAUUUGAUUUUGUUGAAUGUAAACUGACUCUAAAUGCCUUUUUUUCUUUGUUUCCAUCGUGCAAACGAUUGAUAUAUAUUCCCCCUUGGUUAUAGUAAUCCACCCAGAUUGUUUUAAGGACCUAGAUAUCAGGAAUCAAACAAUCAGAUUAUGGCCAAAAAUUGGGGCCAGAUUCUUGUUUGGAUCCUCAUCACUGUCUGGUUGUGUUGCAAACGUGCAGUUUCACUGACAUGAGGAAUGGUGCUGUGCCCUCCACACUUUGGCACCUUCCGUUUCAGGUGGUAGUGUGACAUUUGAAUCUGUCUGUGAUGUGAACUGAGUCUUUGGAGUUAAGCCAUUUAAUCCUCCUCCUCCAAACAGGAUGCCAUUUAUCCAGCCAGGUAUUGGCUGAGGGCAGAAUAUUGUCCCAGGCUCAAACCCUGACAUUCAUGACUCAUUGUGGGUUUUAGGUCUGACGAUGUAGCUGAAUGUUUAAUAUAGUUGGUUUGGACAAGGGGCCCAGUGUGUGUGUGUGUGUGUGACUAAUUACCAUGACCAAAUUUGCUUAACCAAAUCAUUAUUUUCAACUUCAAUUGUCUCAUUUAAGAAUCAAGUGUGUGGAUUUAGGCUGGUUAAUGACCGCAUAUAAAAAAUAAAAAAAAACGUUGGCUGCGGGGCCCCUCCCCUCCUCGACCCUCUGCCGAAAUGCUCACUUCUAAAACUGUGUGUGUGUGUAUGUGUGACUGUAUGGCUGUUCCUAUGAGAUUGAUAUGGCCUAUUUUGUGGUCUCUUAAAGGCCUCUCUUUAAACAGAGAUGAGUGUCUGUGAUGAGAGCGUGUCACAGUGAAGGGCUGUCCAUCCCUCGGCUCCCUGUGGUCUUUUCUAUCAGAGAGGAUGCAGCGUGUUCCAGACCAAUCACCCCCAACAAAUAGGUUUUUAAACUGUUUUUUAAACUCGCCGUAAUCCUUUGCCGAUUUGUAGAAUUGUUUUGAUAUUUCCGUAUACAUUUGUCCAUUCUUUUUUUUUCUCUGCGUCAGUCACACUAUGCAAAUAGUUUUCUUUUAUUCUGUUUUUCACUCGUAGAUCUCGUAAGAGGUUUAGGUUGGGCAUUCAUUUGUUUUGUCGUCGGUGCAUAUUUACUGUAUUUCUAUUGUUUACCUGAAAUGCAUUAUUUCCCAGUUAUGAGCAGUGUCUAAAGCUAGAACGUUCUGGUGCAAAAAAAAAAAAAAAAAAGAUUCAACAAACACCAUUUUGAUAUCUCGUACCAGCUUCUUUAAAUCUGAAAACUUGAACUUGUAUGUAGUGUCAGACACAGCCGUGUGUGUGUGUGUGUGCGUUGGGAAAAAUAUGGGUCACUAAUGCAAAAACCAACAGGGGUGGGCUUGUGCCUUGUCAUAUUGCAGCGUGUAUGUAUUUGCAGAUGGAAUGCUCGUGAAGUGCUCAACCCAGGAGCAUCUCCCCCUCUGUCACAGGGUCUGAGUGAAGCGCAUCUCUUUAGAACCAACCGGGUUCAUCUUGAUGCUGAAGUGAUUCGAGUGGGGGGUUUCCCCUGAAGUGGGUUUGGGCUAGAGAUCUUGUAUAUCAUAUGAUUCAGUGUUAGACAAUGUUAUUAGCUCAGAGAGAGAGAUGAUUAUGAUCAAAAACAGAAGUGAAAACGUAACCCGUCAUGUCAAUAUUCCACUUUAUUUAUUCCAUGAGAUUCAGUUGAUUUGUAUCAUGUAUAUAACUAAUGGACCAUGACAAAAUAAAAAGUUGGCACUGCU